AUGCAGUGUGGGCCCCCCGACAUGGUCUGCGAGACGAAGAUCGUGGCCGCCGAGGACCAUGAGGCGCGGCCGGGGGCCCCGAAGGACGCGCGGCGCGCCGCCGCCGGAGCCCGGUGGCCCCCGCGGCCCGCCGCGCCCCCGCCCGCGCCCGCGCCCGCGCCCGCGCCCGGCCCCCAGCCCCGGGGCGGCGCGGGGGGCGCGGGGCCGCCGGGGGGGCGCGGGGUGCACAUCCGCGAGUUCCGCGCGGCCGAGCAGGAGGCGGCGCGCCGCAUCUUCUACGACGGCAUCAUGGAGCGCAUCCCCAACACGGCCUUCCGCGGCCUGCGGCAGCACCCGCGCGCGCAGCUGCUCUACGCCCUGCUGGCCGUGCUCUGCUUCGCGCUGACCCGCUCGCUGCUGCUCACCAGCCUGGUGCCGGCCGCGCUGCUGGGCCUGCGCUACUACUACAGCCGCAAGGUGGUCCUCGCCUACCUGGACUGCGCGCUGCACACGGACAUGGCGGACAUCGAGCGCUACUACAUGAAGCCCCCGGGCUCCUGCUUCUGGGUGGCCGUGCUGGACGGCAACGUGGUGGGCAUCGUGGCGGCGCGGGCCCACGAGGCGGACAACACAGUGGAGCUGCUGCGCAUGUCAGUGGACGCCCGCUUCCGUGGCAAGGGCAUCGCCAAGGCGCUGGGCCGCAAGGUGCUGGAGUUCGCGCUGCUGCACAACUACUCCGCCGUGGUGCUGGGCACGACGGCCGUCAAGGUGGCUGCCCACAAGCUCUACGAGUCGCUGGGCUUCAGACACAUGGGCUCGAGUGACCACUAUGUGCUGCCCGGCAUGACCCUCUCGCUGGCCGAGCGCCUCUUCUUCCAGGUCCGCUACCACCGCUACCGCCUGCAGCUUCGCGAGGAGUGACCGGCCCUGCCCGCCCGCCCGCCCGCGGCCACCCCCUCAGCGCUGCGCUGGGCCUCCCCUCCCAACACCACGCGAUCGGGCCUCCAGCUGGUUCCCGGGAAGUGGGGCUGUCGCUCCAGUGCUUGCAGCCCCCGCCCCUUGUCCUGCCCGGCCUGCCAGGGCUGUCCCUGGAGAGACCCAGCCCCGAAGGCCUGGCUGCCGGCGCUGGCUCGAGGGGUGCCCCCGGCCCAUGGCCCCGGGGAAGGUUCCCCAAGCACAGCGCCUCUGCCGCGAGCCCGUCCGGCAGACCC